UUGACGUUUGACGUUUAAUUGUUCGGCCGCAUUUCCGUCGCGCUCCGUGAUUUUUCAAUAAUUCUCUUGUGUUUUCUGCGUCGCAUCGCAUUGUUGCCUUUUCUACGGACUAUUAAACUGUUUAACAUCAUCGCUUCGUCUUGGCGAAUUGUUUAGUUGCAUCACAACUGUGGUUUCCUGCUGUUUUUUCCUGCUCGGCUUAGCAGUGUUGUGCUGUGAUUACGCGUGAUUUCGCGAUGGCGGCUAUUUGCUUCUCGUGUGCUGAACCGCUAGAGGCCACCGGCUGCAUCAUCAGUUGUGCAUAUUGUGACGCUACGUUCCACCGCGGCUGUUGCAAAUUGCCCCCCGAGCUGAUUGACGCAGUAUUGUCCAAUGUCGACCUGCACUGGAGCUGCAUUGGCUGCACUAACAUGCUUAAAAAUCCGCGCUGCCGUUCGGUAAAAGAAAUAGGCGCCCAGGUCGGUUUCCAAGCCGCCCUCAACUCAGCUGUAGCAGCUAUUGGCAAGCUCGUUGAGCCUAUUGUCGCCGAAGUUCGCAGUGGUUUUACCCUCCUUCAAACUGCAUCCACGCCUCACAAUCGGAACUCUGAUCCUCGACCAGCUACUGGUAGAAAGUGGAGGCGUAUAAUCGAGGAUUCGGCAUCUCCUGGUGUAAACAAAAUUGUAAACAGUCGCGGCAACAUCCUUUGUGCCACGUCAUCGCCAAACGCAUACACCAACACCACGAUUGCCGUCCAGCCGGCACCUACACAACCGCAUGAACUGGUGGGAACCGAUCCGUUAUCAUCACCGCUUCAAGCUGCACCUCGUGAGCCAUUCACAGAUAGGAUCUGGAUCCGCCUAUCCCGCUUAUCAACGGCCGUCACUGUGGAACAAGUGGUCGCUUCUGUAAAGCGUCGCUUAGCCACCGAUGACGUUACAGCAUAUUGCCUGCUAAGAAGAGAGGUUAUUGUGGACAGCAUGAAUUGGCUUUCGUUCAAAGUGAUAGUCCCGGCCAUCCUUCGAGACACAGCACUCACACCAUCCACCUGGCCCGUCGGUAUCGGUGUACGUGAGUUUUUUCAAUCCCGUCAACACGACCACCAAACCUCAUCUCCUAUAGCCACCCGAAACCGCUUUACAACACGCACACCAGCUACUAGUACUGAACACCGCUACACUACACGCACACCAACAACGACUCACCGAUUAGCCGCACGCACGUCUACUCCACCUGGUCCUGAAACAACAUCAUCACAACAGUGUCACCCCCCGGUGAAUGAUACCUUGGAAGCACCCAACUCAACACUUGUUUCUGGACCGUCCCAAAACCACCGUGCUUCAUCUCCGCACCUACACCAGUCUACAAUCGAUCGCUUUUUUCUCAACUAGACGAAAUUCCGCUCAUUGCACGCAACAAACACGCCAAGCCUCAUGCUCUGACAACGCAGCUCAAUUGACCUACCGUAUACCCGCUUUAUCCAACCGCCACAAUGACAACACUACCGCUGAGUAUUUAAGCUGCUAUUAUCAAAACGUUAGAGGUUUGCGUACUAAAACAAAAGAAUUUCACUUAGCUGUAUCGGAGGCUGACUUCGAUCUCAUCGCCCUCACGGAAACUUGGCUUGUUGACAACAUUCCAUCUGCUCUUCUCUUCAACAACAACUUCUCUGUUUACCGAUGUGAUCGCUCUCUCAGCGGCUCUAGCUCUCGCGGUGGUGGUGUUUUGCUAGCCGUUUCUAAAGCAUACGAGUCGAUAGAAUUACCUUCCCGUGAUCGUUCUCUCGAGUAUAUUUGUGUGCGCGUCACCUGCAAUAACGCACAUCUGUACGUCAUGGUAGUAUACAUUCCACCGUAGCUUAGCUCCGAGAUAUCGACUCUUCGCUCUCUACAUGAUUGUAUCAGCGGCUUCACUCUCACACUGAAACCUUCGGAUCUGCUGUUUGUAUUGGCGAUUUCAAUCAGCCUAGCAUAAGCUGGUCCACAGCUGAUCCUUCGUCCUCGCCAGCAUACUCAUCAAUCACGCACAAUGAACCAACUACGCGCUCACUGGCCAACAACACCUUUGUGGGUGGAUUUAAAUUUAACGGAUUAGUGCAACUUAAUCACAUCAAUAAUUCGCACGGACGCAUGCUUGACCUGCUCUACGCUAACAAUGCUGCAGCUAAAUUGUGUUCGCCUGUCUUUCCAAGUGUUGUUCCGCUUGUACCUCUUGACUCCUACCAUCCGGCGUUAGACUUCAAUAUACGUAUUAACUCGUCGACCCGACGCAAUUCGACGACUCGACAAAACUCGACGACAACCGCAUUUUAUCGUUAUAACUUUGCUAAAGCUGACUAUGUGAAACUGAACGACAUGAUAUCAAUGUUUAACAAUAGCUUUCAUUGUUCCAAUUUUAUUUCACUUGACGAGGCAGUAUGUUCAUUCUCGUCCUUCAUGCUGCAAGCCUUUGUUGUAUGCGUCCCAGUUCAGCGUCCUAAACCUAACCCCCCCCUGGGCGGACCGCACACUCAAACGACUCAAACGUGUAAAAAGAGCUGCUUAUCGUCACUACCAAACGCGCCCCUGCCAAAGAUCUCGCUCGAUCUACUUUGACACGCACUCUUUAUACUGCAGCUAUAACAGGUUUCGAUAUCGCAGAUAUUUGAGUAAAAUUCAACGUAACCUCUGCAGGUGGCCUGACUCGUUUUGGCGCUUCUACAACAGCAAAACAAAAUCCACGCAUACACCGAAAUCCAUUACGUACAAAGGAGCAACAAGUGCCAACACUAAUGAAAUGUGCAAUCUCUUCGCGGAUCGCUUCGCAGAUUGCUUUUCACCGGCCAUGAAUGAUACCGAUACCAUUGAUGCUGCUCUCGUCAACACUCCGGCUGGAGCAAUUAACAUGAGCACUCCUUUCAUCGACAGUGAGAUCGUUUUAUCUGCCCUAGCGCAACUAAAGCCUUCCUUCGCUCCUGGACCCGACGGAAUUCCUUCUACCGUGCUGAAACGCUGUCAAACGACAGUAGCACCUAUCCUUGCAAAAUUGUUCAAUGCAUCGCUAGCCAAUGGCUACUUUCCCAAAGCAUGGAGGAAAUCUUGAAUGGUUCCUAUUUACAAAAAGGGCGACAGGACAGAUGCCAUCAACUACCGGGGUAUUACAUCUUUGUGUGCCAUUGCCAAGGUGUUCGAACUAGUGAUAUACAAAAAUCUGCUACAUGCAUGCCGCAGCUACCUAAGUCCGUAUCAACAUGGAUUCGUGCCAAAAAAGUCGACUACCACGAACCUGGUUGAAUUUGUAACCUAUUGCACUAGUCAAAUUGAUGCCGGAGCUCAAGUCGAUGCAAUUUACACAGACCUAAAAGCAGCAUUCGACUCUCUUCCGCACGCAAUUAUUCUCGCUAAACUCGAUAAGCUAGGAGUUCCCAGCCCGCUCGCACAGUGGCUUAAGUCGUACCUAAUUAAUCGCACAUACAUCGUGAAAAUUGAAAAGCACAUGUCCAAAGAAAUAGUCAGCAGCUCGGGUGUGCCACAAGGAAGCAAUAUUGGCCCGCUUCUCUUCAUAUUGUUUAUCAACGAUGUUACCCUCGCUUUACCUCCCGACAGUAUAAGUCUGUUUGCCGACGACGCAAAAAUUUUUGCGCCUAUUCACAACACAGGUGAUUGUACAUUCCUGCAAGACUGCAUCGAAAUUUUCUGUUCGUGGUGCAAGCGUAAUGGACUGACUAUCUGCAUCGAGAAAUGCUACUGUGUGUCUUUUAGUCGAUGCAGGAGCCCAGUGACUGGGACCUACUUCAUGGACGGCACUGCACUUAAUCGACAGAAUCAUGCCAAAGACCUGGGCGUUCUGCUUGACUCUAGUUUGAACUUUAAACAGCAUAUCGAUGACGUUGUAGCCAGAGGAAAUCAAUUACUUGGCGUGGUUAUCCGGACAACUAAUGAAUUCCGUAACCCCAUGUGCAUCAAAGCUGUGUACAACUGUAUCGUUCGUUCGGUUCUGGAAUAUUCGUGCGUAGUCUGGAGCCCAACUACCGCUUCUUCAAUUGCUCGACUUGAGGCGAUUCAACGUAAGCUCACGAGAUAUGCCCUACGCCUACUUCCCUGGCAGGAUCGCAAUAAUCUUCCUCCGUAUGCUGCGCGGUGCCGUCUUCUAGGCCUUGAACCUCUUUCGGUUAGAAGACGCAAUGCACAGUGCUCUUUCAUCGCUGGAUUGCUAAAUGGCUCUAUCGACUCAUCGCCUUUGUUGCAUCGAGUCGAUAUCUAUGCACCAUCCCGAACACUUAGGUCUAGAGAAACUCUACGGCUCGCUCAACCCCGUUCCAGUGCUGGUCGGUCUGACCCUAUGUUCCGCAUGUCGGCUGUCUUCAACACUGUCUCGGAUUGCUUCGACUUCGACAUCUCAACUCAGUGCUUCAAGGAACGUCUCCGGCUUUUGCCGUGGCCGCAGUGAAUUGCGAUGCAAAUCUUGUUUUUGCUAUGUUUUUUUUUU